AUGACGCACAUCUCAGCAAUCAGCAAGGUUGCCCGCAAGGCUCGCAUCUUUUCCAACUCGACGGGCCACACCCUGGCAGCCAUUUCCGACCCUGCUACGAGCACGGUAGAGGCCCACAAUGUCACGCAAACGCACCACAACGUGUUUUGCCCGGGUCUCUCGCUUGACGCCUCCGGCCACCCAGUCGUCACCGGGGGGUCCACAUCCACUAGCAUCUACGAUCCUAUCACCGAGUCCUGGGUGGUAGGACCCGCAUUGACCACAGGCCGGGGCUACUACUCCCAAGCCACUCUCUCCGACGGCCGAAUUUUCACCAUCGGCGGCUCUUGGUCUGGCGGCGCUUCCACGCCCAAGAAUGGCGAGACCUUGUCAUUCUCACUCUCAUCCUCAGGCUGGGCCCCACUCCCAAACGGAAUGGGAGCCCACUUGGCCGCUGGUGCUCGCGCCGACUCUCGCGACGCCAUGAACGGCAACGCCAUUAUGUUCUCUGCUCUCUCCCCAGCAACAUCCGCCGCCCACCUGAUCUCGCUCCCGCCCGGCGGCGCAACCUUCUCCACACUAACCGUCUCACGUCUAGAGGAUAUGCACCACCCACGCACAUCCUCCAACUCAGUCGUGCUCCCUAAGGGCGACGUCUUCAUCGUCGGCGGCGCCAGCUACGCCAAGCCAUGGAGCGACGUCCACGCGACCCUCGUCCCCGAGCUCUUCUCCGCGGGCACGCACACCUUCGCCCCGCUGGCGUGCAUGGCCGUAGCGAGAAAAUACCACAGUGUGGCCGUUCUCCUGCCAGACGCCACGGUCUUGGUGGGCGGCGGCGGUCUGUGCUGGGAGCCGUAUGAUGGCGACGAAGCAGGAAUCAACCACCUGGACCUCCAGGUGUACGAGCCGGGGUAUCUCUGGGGCGGGGAUGGGCUGUGGGUGGAGCACAGGCCGCGCAUUGUAGAGAUUUCGAAUACGGAUGGUCAGGUGCGCGAGUUUACGAUAGUGCGCUACGCGAGUGCGACGCAUGCGACCAAUACGGACCAGAGGAGGAUAAGGUUGGAUGCCACCGCCACGCCCGUGGAUGUGGUAGCGGCACAGGAGGGUGUGAAGGAGAGGCAGGUGUAUGAGAUGCAGGUGCCGCAUGACGCCGGCAUUGCCGUUCCGGGAUACUGGAUGCUUUUUGCCAUAUCGUCUGCGGGCGUCCCGUCAGUUGCCGAGACUAUCUUUAUCAGGCUUGCCUAGCGCCGACACUUUAUGCAGUUGGCUAUUUUCCUUCUCGGGCUACACAGAAACGAGCUAUUGUGAGUAGCUACGUCGCACUGUCCCAGUCCCAAUCCGCUAUCGGCAAUACCCCUGGAGAGCCGUCACACGUGGUGGAAUUCGUCCAUAACGGGCAAAAUUAUACCGAGACUGUGGAAUUCCUAGAAGGGAUAUCGAUAGCGAGCACACGGACACCCGCGUUCUCCGUAUCGUUGGUGGCGCUUGGUAAUGGGGGGUCUGUUGGUUGAUGAAGCGCCCCUGCCGUGUGGAACGAUGUGGUUUUGGGCGAUAAUAGCAUCGCGACUACUUCUUUGGCUCCAAGUCUCAAGUCUAAAUCCCUCAUCAGCUACUACACCUCGGAAUCGCAAAUAUACUUUCAGCGGG